AUGGCCCCGCAAGCCGAUGAGAGUAGAGCAGCAGUGAUCCGAUCCUUUGUAAACCAAGCAGGCCCUGAUAUUAGAAGAAAACUUCAGAAGAUAGAUAGAUUAGUGGAGGGGAAGCCAGUAGAGUUUCUGGUAGAUACAGGGGCUCAGUACUCCGUCCUCAAUAAGAAGGAGGGAAAGAUUUCUUCAAAAACCAGCCUGGUCCAGGGGGCAACAGUGGCAAAGCAGUAUCAUUGGACAAUGCAGCGACAAGUGAAUCUGGGAACUAAGCAAGUGUCCCAUUCAUUCUUAAUUGUACCUGACUGUCCUGCAGCACUGAUAGGAAGGGACUUAUUAUCCAAAGCCCAAGCCCAUAUAUUCUUUCACAAAAACGGUGUCCAGGUUACUGAUGGGGAAGGUUCCCCCCUACAGGUCCUGAUGGUCGCCUUACAUGACGAAUACCACUUGUAUAAAGGUGUAGAAGACCGAUGUGCAGACUUAAUGGAUAUAGCUGCAUGGCUGGAAGAGUUUCCCCAAGCCUGGGCAGAAACUGGAGGAAUUGGAUUGGCGAAACACCGACCACCCAUUAUUGUGGACUUAAAGCCCUCUGCUGUACCAGUAAGAGUCCGACAGUAUCACAUGCCCAGGGAAGCCCGGGAAGGCAUACAACCCCAUAUCCAGCGGCUGUUACAGGAAGGGGUACUAAAGAGGUGCCGGUCUGCAUGGAAUACACCUCUCCUCCCAGUAAAGAAACCAGGGGGAGAGUACCGACCAGUGCAGGAUCUGAGAGAGGUAAAUCGCCAAGUUGAAGACAUACAUCCCACAGUCCCUAACCCUUACACUCUGCUCAGCAAUCUUCCUCCAGAUCAUGUGUGCUAUACUACCCUGGACUUGAAGGAUGCUUUCUGUAGCCUGCCCCUAGCCCCACAGAGCCAAGACAUUUUUGCCUUUGAAUGGGUUGACGAAAUGGAUAAAAUCCUCGACCAGCUGACCCGGACAAGGUUGGUCCAAGGGUUCAAGCACUCGUCUACUUUGUUUAAUGAAGCCUUGAGUGAUGACUUACGUGAGUACCGGAGUCAAAACCCGCGAGUAACUUUACUACAAUAUGUAGAUGACUUGUUAAUAGCAGCCCCCAACCGAGCAGGGUGCCUCAAAGCAACCAGGAAAUUGCUCACCUCUCUGGGAGAGCUGGGAUAUCGAGCUAGUGCCAAAAAAGCUCAGAUAGCUAAGCCAGAAGUCACAUACUUGGGAUAUAAGUUGAGAGCUGGGCAGAGGUGGCUCACUGAAGCCAUGAAACAGACAAUCCCACAGAUUCCCCGACCCACAAGCCCGAGGCAGAUGAGAGAAUUUCUAGGAACAGUAGGUUAUUGCCGGCUGUGGAUUUUAGAUUUCACCACAAAGGCGAAAUCACUCUAUGAGCUCAGUAGGGAAGGGUCGGAGUGGGACUGGACUCCUGAGAGGGACUCAGCUUUUAUAGAAUUUAAGGAAGAACUCCUUAAAGCCCCAGCAUUAACAUUACCUGACCCCACUAAAUCAUUUCAUCUGUUUGUUGAUGAGAAAAAAGGAAUAGCCAAGAGGGUCCUAAAACAACAGCAGGGACCAUGGAAGAGGCCAGUAGCAUACCUCUCAAAGAAAUUGGAUCUAGUAGCAGCAGGAUGGCCCCCUUGCUUGAGAAUUAUUGCUGCCACCGCUCUGCUAGUUAGAGAUGCAGAUAAGUUAACCCAUGGACAGACUUUGAAAGUAACCACUCCCCAUGCCAUUGAAGGAGUACUCAAACAGCCUACAGGGAAAUGGAUAACCAACGCCAGAUUAACUCAUUAUCAGAGUUUAUUACUUGACACACCAAGGGUACAAUUCUUAACCCCAACAGUUUUAAACCCCACCACCCUGCUGCCUAACCCCGACCUAGAUAAACCUCUGCACAACUGCUCAGAAAUACUUGCAGAGGUAAAUACGAUCAGAAAGGACUUGCGAGACUGCCCGUUGGAAAACAGUGACUUCAUUUGGUUCACGGAUGGAAGCAGUUUCGUACAGGAUGGACUGAGGUAUGCAGGAGCCACGGUCGUAAAUAACCAGGAGGAGAUUAUUUGGGCCAACGCUUUACCGCCAGGAACUUCUGCCCAGAAAGCUGACCUUAUUGCCCUGGCGGAGGCAUUGGAAAGAGCAGAGGGGAAGAGGCUAACGGCCUAUACAGACAGUCAUUAUGCGUAUGCAACUCUUCAUAUACACGGCGCCAUCUACUGAGAGCAUGGGUUCAAAAACACAGAAGGAAGAGAAAUAAAGAAUUAGACGGAAAUUCUUCGCUUGUUAUCAGCUGUGACCCGGCCGUGAAUGGUAGUGGUGGUUCACACCCCAGGACAUCAGAGAGGACACUCCCUUGAAGCAAGAGGCAACCGAGCCGCAGACCAGGCAGCUAAGAGAGCUGCCCUCCAAAUGGUACGAACUCUAGUAACUAACUUACCUUGCCCACAACUGGAACCCCUGCCUCCUACUCCCAACUACUCUGGAGAAGACAUACGCCCAGCCAGAUGUAGAUCCCAAACUUCAAAUGGAGAAAGGGAUGAGCAGAUAAAGGUUACAUUCACUGAACAAGGAAAAAAUGAAUUAACCAAGUGGAAGUCAGGACUCAAUUGGGGCAUUCGAGUUUAUGCAUACCCUUACCCAUCUGGGGAGAUAACUAUUUUACAGGAAGUAGAGACCUUAGAUGCUGGGUCGGUAGGUCCAAAUGAAGUGUUAAAACCCCUGGGAAAAGAAACCCCACCCUCUACAAGAAAGACGUUGAAAGAACUGAGCACUGUAACCCCUGAUGUUACAGUAAGAGUCCCCCAUACAACUCCGAGGGUCCAAGCCAAUCCUCAGGACAUAGACCCUCUUUGGAAUUUAAUGCUAGCAGCCUACCAAACACUUAACCAUACUAGCCCUAACCUGACUCAAACCUGUUGGCUCUGUUACGAUGUAAAACCUCCAUUUUAUGAAGUGAUAGGCAUUAAUACCUCUUUCAGCUAUUCUCAUGACCUGAGCCCAAAGAAUUGCUCCUGGAAAGACCGUAAGAUCAUUGUGUGCUAG